AUGAAACAACCCAUUACUUCCAUAUUCCCAUCACAAUCUUCUGAAGAACCCGAAACAAUUUUUGAUGAUGGUGGGUUUGUUGGUUCUUUUGAUGACAUCGAGUUUGAUCUGGAGGAAGAGAAUAUUCCCGACAACAUGCUCAUGUAUAGGAAGCCAUUCAAGAUUUUAAAUCUUAAGCUCAAUUCUCUACUACAAAUUCAAGCUGAUGUAGGAGACAACCAUUCAGUUUCUGGUAUUGAAAUGGAUGUUAUGUUGAAAGCUCAAGAGCUUCGUCUUCUCAACAUGAUUGACCAGUCUGACGAAAUUAGCGAAUUAAGGGUCAAAAAUCAAUAUGAGACAUUCAAUGAUGCACUUAAGGAAUUGAAAACAAUUUCCAAACAACGACAUGUUUUUUUUGUUCGGGAUGUCAAACCUGUUCGAGAAGAUGUUAAUCAAGAGCUUGAAGAGUUAAGACCAGACAUGGAAAAGGAAUUGAAGGAAGUGACCAAUAGCUAUUCUUUAAUUCUCGAAAAGGUGGAUAUAUUGCUGGGGCUGUAA